CUUACAUAUGCCAUGGGUACAGCCCUAAAAAGCAAAAAAUUUAAAAAAAUGGGGCGUCUCUCAGGGAGUGAGAGACCAAGAGCAGAGGGGUGGCCCUGGGCCACCCGCCCUCCAGCUCUGCUCAUCCUCAUCCCCAUCCCAGUGUCGUAAGGAUAUAAGAGGUGUGUCGGGGUGUCUCUUGUGGGCUUUGACAAGGGGCUGGUGCAGAAGGCCUUCUCCUAGGGCACCUCUCUGAAUCAGGGGCCCUUGCCUCCUCCACCCCACCUCUCAUCCUAGGUCGAGGUUCGGAAGGUCCAGGCCAACGUGGAAAACCAGAUGCUGAUUGUCACCUCCGACAGCCAGAAGCACCGGGGGCAGAUGGCCUUCCUCUCGAAAUUGACCCAGACAACUCGGGAUGAGGUCAACACCUGCUUCUCGGAGAUCAUUCAAGAGAUCAAACAGCUGCAGAUGAAGGUCUUGGAUUUCGUGGAGAAAGAGGAGGCCGCUGCCCUGGGGAAGCUGGGCAGCUCCAUCCAGCAGAGCCACAACCGGCUCCUGAAACUGGAGGGGGACAGCAUCUGGCUCCGCACCCUGCUCAGCAGCCGGAGCGACCAGCAGUUUCUGCAGGCCAGGCCCCGCCCCACCUCGCCCCCACCGCGGCCCCAGGCCCGUCACAACCUGCACCAGGCCACAGUGGCUGUGCCUUUGGCAUCCCUAAGCUAAGAUGUACAAAAACCAAAACAAACCAGGAGGAGGGGAGAGAGAUGUCCACGGUUGACAACAGGACCACUAAGCACAGGCAGGGGCCUGCAUCGUCUGCUGGGCCCCGGCUAACAAGCCCGUUCUCCCUGCGUGCAGGACUUCUCCAGGCUGAAGCACUUCCCAGCCUGCUUGGAGCCCCUGAUGGGCACCAGCUGUGAGGAGAAGCAGAGCUUCCUCCAGCUCCCAGAGACCUUGGCUGAGCUCCGGACCCGGCUGAUGGACGUGGGUCUCAGCUUCAUCAACCAGAUCCUCCUGAAGGGCAUUAAGAUGAACGCCUAUGAGGUGCUGCCCCCAGCCGUGGACCGGAAAACACUUCUCCAGUGUUACUGCAACCUGAGCUUCGACCCCACCACAGCCAGCGAGGAGCUCUUCCUGUUCAAGGAGACCCACUCGGUGCUGAACCUGGGCAUCCUCCUGGAGCCCUUCGCGGCGGGCGGCCCCUUCCCGGGCUUCAAGCAGUGGCCGCAGGUGCUGUGCUCGCGCGGCCUGGCCGCGGGCCGCCACUACUGGGAGGCGGAGGUGUCCAACUCCUGGGUGUGCCUGGGCGUCACCUACCGCCGCAGCCCCCCGCUCAGCGGCCGCCCGCGCCGCAACAUCGUCUACCUGCUGGGCCGCAACCCCUACUCGUGGUGCCUGGAGUGGGACUCGCUCAAGUUCUCCGUGUGGCACAACAACACGCAGACGGUGCUGCACGGCGGCUACCACCGCACGCUCGGCGUGGCGCUCGACUGCGGCGCCGGCUGCCUGUCCUUCUACGGCGUGGCCGUGGCAGGCGGCGUGAGCCUCAUCUACCGCUUCCUCGCCGCCUUCCUGGAGCCGCUCUACCCCGCGGUCAUGGUCAGCAGCGGCGCCUCGGUCACGCUCAAGCAGCACCCGGAGUCGUAGACGGCGGCAAAUAAAGCUGGAUUCGAGCGCUGCCUGGGCCCGUGGGGAGGCGCGCGCCGGGGAGCGGGGCCCGCGGGGGUUGAGGGGUGGGCGGCAAAGCGGCCUCCCACCCGCUGCCGGCACUUCACCUCCCGCGGCGCCGUCCCGGGGGUCCCGGGAGGUCCUGGGAGGCCCCAGAAAACAGACCCACCUCUCUGUUCCCACUGUCACCGGAGAAGGCUCUGAAGGAGGCUAGAGAUCCCUCAGGGCUGGGACCGCCCUGUGGCCUCCAGAGCGGGGAUUCCUGCCCAGGGUCACGGCCGCCCCUGCCCCAUCUCUGAUGGGAUUUGGGAACUCAGCACCAGGGGCCUGGCUCCCCUAGAACGGUCAGGGCUUGGACCAUGGGGCUUCUCUCUGGCUCCUCCCUCGCAGGGGACCAGACCGAGGGUUGGCACCUGACCCACUGGGGUAGAGGUGUUCCCUCUGGGUUAGUGGCUUAAUUGGGGGCUGGGAAGUUAAACCAGGGAGCCUGUGACUAUGUCAGACCCCCUCCCACAAAGCUGAGGGCUUCGAUCCAGGCCCGUCGGGUGCUGCUGCCCCUGCUGUCCAGCGGUUUCUCCGCAGCUGGGGUUUUACAGUCAGGAGCAGAUAUGGAAGUAAGGCUGCGGGGGCUUAACCACUCUGCACCCUCCCCGGGGUUCAUGAAAACUGCCUUCCCAUCCCCAGCCAUAAGCCCAGGCCCCUACCAUGCACAUCCAGGCCUCUGCCAUCUGACCUGCCCAGUGGGGUGUGGAGGAGUGUGCAGGAGAGGCCCUGGCUGGGCCCCUUGUCCUGUGACCCUGGCAGGAGCAAUGACUGGGGACCUGGCCCCUCUGGGGAAGCGACCUGGGCAUUUCUAGCCUCAACCGGCCACUUGUGGCUUCUCACGCAGGGGGCCCCCCGUCAGGUUAAUGAUUGGCUCCAAAGGGGAAAUGAUAGGGGGGGCGGGGCGGGAACCCCUGAGGCAACGCAGUCCAGAACCGGGGUGUGCCUGAAUUCCAUCCCCGCCUGGCUUGCUCUCGGAGCAAUUAGUGACCCUAGCUUCUCAUUCAGAGGCAGAGGCGAGACGGGUGCAGGGUGUGCCCUGCUGGCCUCGAAAGGGCAGGGUGCCCUUUGGUGCCUGCUACACAUGUUGACCAGUAGGCAUGAAAUCUAAACCUUUCCUCUACAGUUGAGAGAAAGCCUUAGCACCAAAAUGCCUAAUUCUUGCCUUCUCCCCCCACAACCCAAGUCUCUUCCUCCCAGCCAGGAGGCUGCAGGCUUCCCGACCUAUGAGCUAAGGUGAAGGAACGUUGAGGUGUAUAUGUGACCGCAGGGGACAGCAGGCCAGCUGCAUGGAUCUCGGGCCUUCCCCCUCUGGCUCCAGAGGCCGCUUGGUUUUAGCGUGCUGUGUGAUGCUGGAACAUGGUACCUUCAGGCACACGUUGCUGGGAAAUCCAGAUCAGAGGUGUCGUCUUUGCUUUAACAGUUCUUUUAUUUUCUUUUUUGUCUUUUCUAGGGCCGUGCGCUUGGCAUAUGAAGGUUCCAGGCU